AUGAAGGCUCGCCUUCUCAUCCUCCUUUGUGUGGCGAGCAAGGCUUUCUCAUGGGGCGAACUCGGACACCGCACCGUCGGAUACCUCGCUCAGAUGUACUUCACCCCGGAAGCAGAGAACCUGUUUGACGAGCUCGUGCACCCGACCGAGUCAUUCGACAUCUCCGACGGCGCGGUCUGGGCCGAUGACUGGGCGACGCAGACCAGGAUGCCCUGGUCCAAGCCGUGGCACUAUAUCGACGCAAAGGACAACCCGCCCAAGAAAUGCAAGGUCAACUUCAACGCCGACUGUGAUCCUGACAAGAAAUGUAUCGUGACGGCCAUUGCAAACAUGACCAAACAAGUCAACAAUCCACGGUUGAAGCUAGGAGAUCAGAGCAACGCCCUCAAAUUCCUAUUGCAUUUCCUCGGCGACAUCACGCAGCCUUUACACACGGAGCAGAAAUGCCGCGGGGGCACGAAGUUGAUGGUUCAAUGGGGCGCGGCGGACUCGGGGAAAGAGGAUCUGCACCAGGUGUGGGACAAGCUGAUCAUCCAGAAGUUGCGCGGGUACAAGAAGCCGCGCGACGCGGACCCGGACAACGAAUAUGACAAGCAGCUCUCGGUCAAGUGGGCGGCGGAUUUGAAGAAGCGGCUCGACGUUGGGAGGGGCGGCGUAGACGUGUCGGACCAGUGCACCGACAUCACGAAGGCGCAGGAGUGCGCACUGGCUUGGGCGUCCGAGGCCAACGCCUUCAUCUGCACCUAUGUGCUCAAGGACGUCGGGAUCAAUCUCGGCCCAGACCCCUGUGAGACGUGCUGCAACUGGGAGUGGAGGGGGCCCGACGACCUGUCUGACGCCUACUACAGGGGCGCAGUGCCAAUUGUGGAGGAACAGGUGGCCAAAGCUGGAUGGCGGCUCGGGCAGUGGAUCAACGCACUGGCGGAGCAGCGAGUGCAGAUGAAGAGAUCUGGUGUCGAGUUUGGUAGAAGCGGCGGCGACGGCGACGAGGCCAUGAAAGUACAGAUGCAGCCCGAUCAACCUAAGGUGGAAAUGUAA